CACACAGUUUUCAAAGUACUGUGAUAACAGAGAGGUAAGCAGGCAAGAUAAAAAUAGACUGCAGCGUAGCACACCUCACUGACUGAACACUGUGAUGCACUGUAGCCUGAGAGCAGACGUGUCAGACCAACAACCCAUUUUGCUCAAGACGGCUGGAAUAUGUCAGAGUGUACUUAUCAAACGAUAGGUCUGGCGAUCUUAUCCCUGGCCUUGUUGAUCUCUAUGUGUCUCAAUGUCUUCUUCUGCAUCAGACGAAAAGCCAUUUUGUGUAAAGACACAGAUGAGUGUUACAACAUACAGGGUUAUGAAGGAGAAAGCCCGUCACAGGAUGAAGGGCAUUAUUUUUAUAACCUCAAUGAUCAUGAGCAGCAGGAAAAUCCCCAGAAUCAUCAUGAACAACAGGAAAAUCCAAUCUAUGGCAACAUCAGCACAGACAGAAGAGUUACUGUAGACAGUUGCUACGAGAUGAUGACCAUGCAACACACAAGAGAUCAUAAGAAGUCUUUAGAGCCUGACCUGAAUUAUGCCUCGCUGGAUCUGAAGAAGGCAAAUAAACACAAGAAGAAGCAUCGCUAUCAGCAGGGCCACGCUCAGGGACGAAACAAGCAGCAAGACCAGCUGACAGUGCACCGCACACCCUCUCUGAAUGCUUUCUUGGAGGUGGAAGCAGACUUGGAUGCUCAGCUUCCUUCUAAGGACACUGGGACCAUGGUUUCACACAGUAGCAUCUACCUGAACAGCCAACAGAUAGCCCAAGAGACAGAGGACAUGGAAAGACAAAGAGAUGUAAACAUGGAGAGGGAGAAUGUGAGCUGGGAAGGGAUAAAAGGGCAGGAAGAUGGCGGAGGUAGAGAAUGGACAGGACAACAAGAGAGUCAGAAAAGAAAAGACAGACAAGAAUAUAGCAAUGGUAGUUUAUGUACUCAGCUGUCAGAGGCAGAAGCUAUUCAGAGUGGCACAGGUAAUUACAGCAGCAGCUUUAGUCAUGAUAGUGUCCAAUAAAUUUUGGCAGACAUUAGGACUGUUGUCCUGUUUCAAACUGUUUCAAACUGAAUAGGCCACCUGAAGGAAGCCAUUAAAAGUCAACUGCUGUACAUGCAACAAUGAAAACUAUAUCACACUGAACAUUCAACUGCUUUGUUGAGCAAUUUCCUCUGUGAUACAAACAAACUCCCUCAUGAACUCUCCGCAUUGAGCAACUGAGGAACAGUUGUACCUUUCUGUGUAGAGGAUGUAAUAAAUGUAAAAGAUAUAAAGAGAAAAGGAAACUCUGAGUGUGACAUUUAGAGGUCAAGUGCUAAGUGGAAAUUUUUUGAAUUCGUGGUGAAAGACAGGGAAAACAUCAAAUCAUCACAGGACACGGAAGAUCUUUCACUGUUUUGAUGUCUCACAGUCAGCAUCAGCAGUCUCAGAAAGGUGUGAAGAAAAAAAAAAUCUUUACAUCUGUUUUCCAUGUUGUAGGCAACGGCCAAACGACCAGAAGAGUCAACACUUUCUUGAAUAAAUGUACUUGCCUAAGCAUAAAAUUAAAGAUGAGCAGAAGACAAAACAAGUAAAAAGGGGAAAUCUGUAAGUAAUGUAACUCUUUCCCUGCAUGCUGAUAUGUAAAUGUCACCCACAGAGGAUUUUCCAUGUCAAAGUUAUGAUGGUAGUCAUUAGCUUUAUAAUGUACUGCGCUUAUGAGCUGAUGCGCCAUCUGCUUAAAUGAUUAUUUCCCUCUCUAUGGUCCCCACUUGGGAGAUAUAAUUUAUUGCCCUGCUCUCUGCUGAAUGGGACUGGGCUCUGAAGUGAAGUCAGCAGCCAGAGACCUGCAGCCUACUAACCAUUUGCUGACAGUUUUUCAACAACUGACCGUGGCCUACUUCCCAUCUAUGGAUUCAUUUUUGGCCUUGGGCAUUUUGGAUCUAACUGUUGCAGAGAGGGAAGCAACAUGAAAAGAUAAAUAAAAUAAUAUAUCCUUCACAGUGCCUUCAUAGAGACUUUAGUUUUGUCACAUUAAAGCUGUAAUUAGUAACAUUUUAUCAUAAUGAAAUUAAUAUCAGUUAGAUUCUGAAAUAGGUAAAUGUGAUUCACACCUUUGCCUGGAACAUCACCCUCUUCAUAACAUUUUUCAUUGUAUGUCAGUCAGCAGGAUUGCACAAGAUGUUUCCUUGGUUGCUUUGGGUGACAUAAUAAAAGGGACACGUUUUUGUCUGCUUCAAACAGAGUGAAAGUCUUUAAGGUUUCUUGAAAUGGCAGAUAGUGGAUAUGAUGAAAGGCAAAAGGAAAAUAAUGUUCAGCAUUUUUUUUCCCCUUUUUACCAGAACAGGAAGUCAGGAAGGAGACUUAAACAGAAAUGAUACUAUCAUGGAUAAUUUGAAAGUGACAUGUUAAAAAAUAGGGUUGUAGAUUUUUCAUGUCUGUCCUUAUGAACACCGAAACAGGUUUUGCAUCUUUCCUCUGGUCCAUACUGAACAUAAAAGAUCCCUCUCUCAUGGGGCACACGGGAGACAUGUCUUAUUCAAGUCCUUGUUUUGUGCAAAAAUGAGCUCUAAACUUUAACCAAAACUAAUCUAAGGUUUCAGCAGUCAGUUAGAAAAAAACCCAUAUUACCUUUUAGUGUAAAAUUCUUUGUGCUCCCCCCUGACAAUAUGUGCUAACUGAGCUGAAGGGGAAAUUUGUACUAAAGACUUUGAUUUUAUUUUUCAUUGUUACUGAAAGAAGAAAGAAAAUGAAAGAAUACUGCACUAAGCUAGACAAUCAGAUGUUCAAGCUACAAUGUUAUGACCCCAUUACACUGUGCAAAUAAAGGCUGAAUGUCAAAGGAG